AUGGCUUCUUAUAUCGACUUCAGUCAGCCCAGUUUGUGGGUAUCUGCUGCAAGCAUUGUAUUUAACCCUACUUUCUGGAACAUCGCUGCGCAGCAAGAAUACCACAACAAGGUCAUCACCAAGCUGUUUGGGGGUAACUCUCGACUUGGGUGCUAUGCGCUCGCCGUAACCAUUUUCUCACUGGGUAUCUUUCGAGACUAUCUUUACAAUGAAGCUCUCGCCGAUCAGCCCACCCAUCCGACUCUCCUCUCCCCUGCUAUCAAGUACUCCGCGAUCCCUCUGUUCCUAACGGGGAACACCCUCGUCCUGACCUCGAUGUGGGCUCUUGGUGUCACUGGCACCUACCUUGGUGACUACUUCGGCAUCCUCAUGGACGAGCCUGUGACGACAUUCCCGUUCAACGUCUCGAGUUCGCCCAUGUAUCACGGCUCUGCCAUGUCUUUCCUGGCCACGGCUAUUUGGUACGGAAAACCAGCUGGUAUACUUCUUACUGCACUAGUCCACACUGCAUACUCUAUUGCGUGCAGGUGGGAAGAUCCAUUCACUGGUAUGAUCUACCAGAAGAGAGAUGAGGAGAGGAAGAAGGGCAAGAAGGGUCUGUAG